GCGCGCAUUCCGAGGAGAUACCUCGCCCGAACUCGGCUAUUGCUGCCACGGCAAUCUCCUCCCGGUCUCCGCACGUUCUCAGAUCCUGCGUCUCCGCCCAACAACCACCACCGCGUGUUUUCCCUGUUUGCUUUCCUCCCUGUCCUUCGCCUGCCUCGUUGCGCGCCGAUUCAAGCAUUGCCGCCUUCUUAGUUAUCACGAUAUUUAUCACGCGUCCAGAUAUAACGACAUUCACGAACUAUGCCCAAGCAGCUCUCCAAGUCCCCGCCACCGUCCCCAAGCGCCGAUCGCAAGACGCGGCCUGAGCCAUGGCCCUAUGUCCCCAGUAGCAACCCUGCCGCACAGUACUCCCUACUAGAGAAGCUCGGGACAGGGAGCUUCGGUACGGUCUACAAGGCGAUCCACAACGACUCGAAGCAGAUAGUGGCCAUCAAGCAGAUUGAUCUGGAGGAUUCGGACGAUGACAUCUCUGAGAUUCAGCAAGAAAUCGCAAGCCUCGCCCAGUGCGACUCCGAGUAUGUUACUCGGUACUACGGCUCCUUCGUCGUCUCGUACAAGCUGUGGAUAGUGAUGGAGUACCUCGCGGGUGGUUCAUGCCUCGACCUCCUAAAGGCCGGCGCAUUCUCAGAAGCACACAUCGCCGUCAUUUGCCGUGAGCUCCUCCUUGGUCUCGACUACCUCCACAGCGAAGGGACGAUCCAUCGCGACAUAAAGGCGGCCAACGUCCUGCUAUCUGCGUCCGGGAAAGUUAAGCUGGCGGACUUCGGUGUCGCUGCCCAGCUCACGAACACCCUGCGGCAUACGUUCGUGGGCACUCCGUUUUGGAUGGCGCCGGAAGUCAUCCGUCAAGCAGGCUACGACGCCAAGGCCGACAUCUGGAGCCUGGGAAUCACAGCAAUAGAGAUGGCCAAGGGCGAGCCGCCUCUAGCGGAAUACCACCCCAUGCGAGUACUGUUCUUGAUCCCGAAGGCGAAGCCGCCCGUUCUCGAAGGCCCGUUCACGCCGGCUUUUAAGGACUUCGUCGCCCAAUGCUUAACCAAGGAUCCCCAUUCCCGACUGUCGACCAAAGAGCUCCUCCAGCACCGCUUCAUCAAGAACGCUCGCAAAACGCACUACCUCACGGAACUCGUCGAACGCUACCAGGACUACCGGAACCGGACGCCUGGCCGCGUCCCCCAGAUGUACCAGGCGACGGUGCGGAACAGUGGUACGUGGGACGGAACGCUGCGCAGCGAUUGGAACUUCGACACGAUCCGGUCUGCAUCUGCGAUGGGCUCUCUAAGGAGUAUGGCGAAGGACAUCAUGCCACCCGGGAUGGAGCUCGACGAGCAGUACUACGAUGACAUGCUGCCCGAGGAGGACGAGUCGGCGUACGACGUGCAGGGUUCGAUCGACACCGCCGCGGCGACGACAAAGGGGAGUGACGUCCCGCUACAGCGGCAAGUUGGCCUGUCAAGCAUCGGCAUGAACGCGGACGCGGGACACUCGACGGUCGUCAUUCGAUCGUAUGCCCCAGCAGGCGAUGAGAAGGACACGCCGUCGCUCAUGGCAGACAAUGGCUCAGACGAGACCGUGCAGAGUGCCGCCCCCGUGACACCUUCCCAGAGCACGGAGACCGUGAACGCGCAGGUUGCGGACGCCGCCGAGCCUCCGCCAGCGUACACCGGCUCCAUUCGGUCCUCGCGGCGGGCCUCGUACGCAAUGCGGAGCAAUUCGUCCAACGGGACCGUACUUGGCGAAGCGGAUAUUGGCAGCGGGGUGGACACGAUCCGGCCGGUUAAGAAGGUCGACACGGUACGCUCCUUGCGGUUAUCGGAGGAGUACGUGGGCAGUGUCCGGAGUCGGGAGGGCAGCACGUCCUCUACGCCGUCGUCGCCGCAGAGCUUGAAGGGAUCGCAGAAACGGGCCGGUGAGGCGGCGAAGGCGGGUAAGGCUAUGGUGGAGGGUGUCUUGUUGCCAUUGCUACAGAAGACGACAAGAGACGAUAUGGACGCUCGGGAGAUCGAGUCGUUGAGUAUGAUUUCGCGCGGCUUCGAGGAGCUGGGCACGGUCAACCCCGAGCUCGCGUACAACCUUGUGUUGGAUAUGCUUGCUGGUAUCAACGACAACCCCUCCGUGCGCAAUCACAUACAGACCACGCGGGCGCUAUUCCCGCACAAGCGCAUCAUCCGCAGGAGCGAGAUGACCGCGAAGGGCCUCAUUGUGACCGAGGAGGAGGAGAUCUCAGGCUUGCCUUCAUCCUCGGGGUCAACACCCAGCCCGGCGGUGGCCACGCCAGAACCGGGCUCGCCGGUACGCAAGUCGCCGAUCUCGGAGCUGCUGUACCUGCGGUGGUUGGAGGGCCUCAAGCUCAAAUGGCCGAGCAUUCUCUAAUGACGUGCGUGCGGUGUCUCACUGCCGCUGCCGCUCUCACCAUCGGACAUGCCGUGGUGGAUGAUCCGGAAGCUUGUCCUGCGGACCCGAACGUCAUGUCAUCUCGUCGUCAGUCUUCAUUCUCCCGCCUCUCGCCCCUAGACACGGACUGGACUCGGCUUGUGCCUCCUGUGCGCCUCAGCCAUCCGAUCGCUCCGUUCUCCUCCCCGUCGGCCAUUCCGACGCGGACUCCUGAGCGGCUGACUGACAUAUCUUUCGGCUUAUGCUCGCCCACCUCUCUCCGCGCGCUCUCCUUGAUCAUUGGACACUUAUCGGAUACCGCUCUGCUUUGCACCAUUCCGUCUUUCCCCUCCUGACUCGUCUGUCGUGCUCACUCCUCAUAUCAUCCUUGUUCCCAUCAUCGCUCCUGUCCUGUUCCACUGCCAUCCUUUCCUUGGUCCAUACCUUAAUGUCGCCUUAUCUUAUCGCCUCCCCGUUCGCCCCACGUAGUUCCUCCUUGACCUUGCCCGUCUCUCGUCUCUCUCCCUCGCCUGCUUCUGCUAUACGUAGGCGAUCAUACCUGGGUCUGUCCGCCCCUUCAUCCC